CGAAGGGCUCAAGAAAUGUCCGACAGUGAGGACAGCAGUAGCGAUGGCGAGGAGGACGUCGGAGCCCCGCCGGAAGACCAGGUGCCGGUGGGCGACUCGCCGGCCGACAUCACGUUCGACACCAUGUUGACCGACGUCCGGUGCCACCCCUCGCGCGACGUGGUCGCCGUGGCAACCAUCGACGGGGACGUCAGCGUGCGCUCCUACGCGCUGGACGGCCCGAGCCACGAGCUGUUCCUGCUCAAGCACCACAAGGCAGCCUGCCGCAAGCUCCGGUUUUCCGCGGACGGCACGCUGCUCUUCACGGUGUCCAAGGACGGCUCCUUCUGCGUGCUGGACGUCAACACCGGCGCCGUCUCUCAUCACGUACAAGAGGCGCACGAAAACCCCAUCUACAGCUUGUGCGUCAUCGACGACUACCUGGCGGCCACCGGAGACGACGAAGGCUGCUUCAAGCUCUGGGACUACCGGCGCCAGGAAGCCGUCAUGGAGAGCAAGGAGUGCGACGACUUCAUCAGCGACAUGGUCGUAGACGACGCCAAGAAGACCUUACUCGCGGCAAGGUGAGCAAUAUUUCUGAUUCGUAUCAA